GUAAUCGGGUACCACAAUAGUAACCGUUACAGUUGCUCAUCUUCCUAUUUGUCUGUUUACUACUACUGACCUCUCUCCUACCAAAAACAGCACACCUUACCAAGGCUACAACCAAAAAUGGUUGUGUUCACCCUUUAAUCAUUAAACCCAUGUGACGAAUGGGAUUGGAUUUGUCAAGAACAAAACUUUCUUUGCAAAAGACUUCACAUGAAAACUGGAGCAUAAAAAGUGCAAGAUUCUGUGUAAAUGGUCUGAUUAAUUUAUAAAAAUUGAAUAGCUGUAAUAAAAUAUAAUCAGUACCAGUCUGUUUGUAAGUUAAGGAUUCUAAAAGAUACAUUUUAGUAUUGUUAUCUGGAUAUAUAACCUACAAGGACCACAGCACUGUCCUUAAGUGUGUAACUUAUUUGCUAUUAUCUAUGAAGCAAUCAGUCAAUCAUAUGACAUUUCUAUAGAGCCUUUCAUGCCAGGCCACCCAAGGUCCUGUACAUAAAAUAAAGAAAAGCUAUACAAUGUAUUGACAGUGAUUCGCUGGUGUAUUCCUAAUGUUACAAGGGGUGGAGUUCAUUCUAAAACUCUAACAUUGAAUUUCAUACUGGCCUGGAUCCUGUUUUUACCAGUUUGAACUUGUGUCUUAAAAAGGAAGUAUUCUAAUGUUACUUUUGUGGCUUCAGUAAAAUAAGCAGUCACAUUCAAGAGGAGGUGUCCUGCUUUGGCUGGCUUUUUUUUUAUAUCAGCAUGUGUUGUACUAUUUUUAGCCACACUUCUGCCUUAUUAAAGGCAAGAAAUAUCUUCACUAGAGAGGCAAAUGAAUUACUGCUGUAGCUGAUUUUGUAGAGCAAGAACCCUAUUCAAGUAAAUUAUGCAGAAAGCCACCAUUGCUAGUGAACACACAGCCCAGAGGAUUUCCAAAACCAUCACGUUUUUCAAGAAUGAAUCUCAAGCAGCCUCCAUGCUCCAACAGAAUGGCCCCAAGCCUCUGCUGCUGCUUCUUCCCUGGCUGGGCUCUCGACCACACGCUGUGGACAAAUAUCGUGAGAUCUACUUCAGGCAGGGGUUUGACGUUCUGACCGUGGAGAGCGAGCCCAGUCACUUCCUGUGGCCCAGGUGGGGGUUGGAUUAUGGCGCCCAGGUCCUGGAGUUGCUGCAGAGUGACAGUUUUGUGUCUCGCCCGCUGCUGCUUCAUGCCUUCUCCAUUGGAGGAUACACCUUCACCCAGAUGAUGGUGCACAUCUCCAGGAAUGCUCAGCAAUACAAGAGCGUGACUGACAGGAUUAAGGGUCAGAUCUAUGACAGCCUCGUCAUAGGCUCUGUGGAGAAAAUGGCAGAAGGAGUCAGCAAGAUGUUCUUCCCAAGUUUGCAAGGCUUAGUGCAGUGGAGUACUCUGCUUUAUUUCAGAGUUCUUGAAGGCUAUACAGUGGAUUACUACAAUGCAGCCAUUGAGGUAUUUUGGAAUAACCCGCUCCAGACCCCUAGCUUGUUCUUCACCAGUGAGAAUGAUCCACUUAGUGACCACAAAGAGCUAGAGAGAUUGCAGAAAAAGUGGCAGCAACAGGGGAUUACAGUCGUGUACAAAGCCUGGAAAGACUCGCUUCAUGCAGGGCACCUUCGACAACACCCACAGGAGUACCUGGCGACACUGCAUCAGUUCCUGCAGUCCCUCAACAUGUCUCCGAAAGGCAAAGCCUCUAUCGGUCUUCAGGAUCCCACUCCAGAAGCAGAUAACCUAGAAGCAAUACCUUUCCAAAGAGAAUAAUGAAUAUUGAGCAAGAAAUACAUUUCAACCUUAAGGAACUCCCUCACCAACAAAAUCCCUUUAUAUACCAUUGUAUAGAACUCUCACAGAAUAACUUGACCAGCCACAAGCUUUGUAUUCACCUCCAGGGCUAUCGGCGCCACCAUUAACCAAGCAAUGCCAAAUAAAUAUUACAAAGCCACUA